GUAGUGUCACAGAAAAUGUGUCAAUUUUGAUCUCUACUCAGGCGCUUUGGAAAAAAUGUUGGUUGAUAAAAUUUAAUUCCUUUCUAUAGUUCUGUAGCAGCAAAGCUACAAUUGGGGAGUCUGAAUAAAAGUCAAUAAUUCAUAAUAUAAACAAAUAAAAGCAUCGCGCAAUUUGAAACCGCGCGAUAUUCCCCUCACACACACACACACGAAAAUUUAAACGGUAAAUUUUGCUGACAAAGCAGAAAUAGAAAUCAUCAGAAAAAUAUUCAUUUCCUCACGUGUUGAAAGAUUCUUUGAUAUUAAAACUAACCAUGUCUGAGUUAGAUUGGGAUGAUCCAAAUUAUGUGGAGAAACCAUCGAUUACUGAUUAUAAAUCUAUAAAUGAUAAGUACGAGCAAAGCGUACGCCGUGAGUAUAAAAAUUCUACGUACAGCCGUGAUUAUCGUGGACGCGACUCUGGACGGAAUCCCAGAAAUGGUGAUCGUGAGCACAGCGAAUCGAUAAGCAUUGCCAGCAACAUGGUCGGACGAGUGAUAGGUCGAGCCGGUUCAAAUGUGACGCGCCUACAAAACGAUUUCAAUGUUCGCGUCAAUAUUGAUAAGGAGAAUUUGAUGGUAAAGGUCUGUGGAGAGAGCAGUCGCGAUGUUGCCGAUGCUGCAAAUCGCAUUCGCAAACAAAUCAGUGAGGCUAGUGAUUUUGGAGGCAGCGGUGAAGGGGGAGGUCGCAGAGACGUUAGGGACUACAACCAGAAAAGCCAAUUCGGCAGUGGAGGUACUGGAGGCGGCCGUGGUUACUCAGGUAGUAACUAUGAUUUUGGAGCACCGCCACCACGAUAUGAGGCACCGCAGGGCGGUGAUCUCAAUGGUGUUAUUGAUUGGGAUGCGGUUAAUAAAGCAUCGGAAAAAGCCCAACAAGAACGCUGGGCAAAAGCUCCGCCAAUAACAAAGAAUUUCUAUAAGGAGGCUAGCGAAGUCGCCGAAUUGCCGGAAUCGGAAAUAGAGCGGAUUCGGAAAGAGAAUAACAACACGACAGUGUCGCAUCUUUUUGAAGCCAAGAAUGGCGAAACUCCGGAACCUAUACCGAAUCCUAUAUGGAAAUUUGAGCAAUGUUUUGCCGAAUAUCCCGAUUUAUUGGGCGAGAUACAAAAGCAAGGAUUUAGCAAGCCCUCGCCCAUACAGGCCCAAGCUUGGCCAAUUCUUCUACAGGGUCUCGAUAUGAUUGGCAUCGCUCAGACUGGCACGGGCAAGACAUUGGCUUUCCUCUUGCCAGGCAUGAUUCAUACUGAAUAUCAGUCCACUCCCAGGGGUCAACGGGGUGGAGCAAAUGUCCUCGUGUUGGCCCCAACGCGUGAGUUGGCCCUACAAAUUGAAAUGGAGGUCAAUAAGUACUCGUUCCGCAACAUGAGGGCAGUUUGUGUUUAUGGCGGAGGUUGUCGAAAAAUGCAAAUCUCAGAUGUAGAACGCGGUGCUGAGAUAAUUAUAUGCACUCCAGGACGUCUCAAUGAUUUGGUUCAAGCCAAAGUCAUUGAUGUCAGCACCAUAACCUAUCUGGUAUUGGAUGAGGCUGAUCGCAUGCUGGAUAUGGGAUUCGAGCCUCAAAUUCGUAAAAUUCUGUUGGAUAUUCCUCCGAAUCGUCAAACAAUUAUGACAUCGGCCACCUGGCCGCCUGGAGUGAGGCGUUUGGCCAAUAGUUAUAUGACCAAUCCCAUUGAGGUGUGUGUGGGAUCCCUUGAUUUGGCUGCCACGCAUUCUGUAAAGCAGAUUGUACAAUUUUUGGAGGAUGACAAGGAAAAGUAUCGGACCAUCAAAUCUUUUAUUAAGAAUAUGGGCGAAUCAGAUAAAAUAAUUAUAUUCUGCGGUCGCAAGGCAAGAGCCGAUGAUCUGUCGAGUGAUCUUACAUUGGACGGCUUCAUGACCCAAUGUAUCCAUGGAAAUCGCGACCAAAAUGAUCGUGAACAGGCUAUAGCAGAUAUCAAAUCGGGUGUUGUCCACAUUCUGGUAGCCACAGAUGUGGCAUCUCGUGGUUUGGACAUUGAGGAUAUAUCUCAUGUAAUCAACUAUGAUUUUCCACGUAACAUUGAAGAGUAUGUGCAUCGUGUGGGCCGCACAGGACGAGCCGGACGCAAGGGCACCUCCAUUAGUUUCAUUACACGUGAGGAUUGGGGUAUGGCCCAUGAGCUUAUAAAAAUUCUAGAGGAAGCCGAUCAGGAAGUUCUUCCUGAAUUGGUAAAAAUGGCCAGUCGUUUCAAGGCUAUGAAGGAGAAGCGCGCAGCUGAGGGCGAUGGAGGACACGGUCGUGGCGGAGGUUUUGGACGUGGUGGAGGAGGAGGAGGAGGCGGCGGCGGUGGACGUCGCCGCUAUUAACAUAAACCUUUUUGCAGUAUAAUCUUUAAACGACUACAUUAACGCACAUUGGCGGCGUUUAAGUUAAUCCCCAGUAGAGAGAAUGAAUCUCCCAUUGCUAACCCCUGUUCCUUUUAAUUUUUUUUUCUACUUUUUAAAAGUAAAACAACACAAUGUAUCAAAAAUAUGGACAAAUAUUAUUAUAAAUGUUAAUUUGUGGCACCCGUA